AUCAUUAACGGUCGUUUCCAAGCAUUAGGUCCGAAAUCGUGUCCAAAUCUUCUAGAAGGAAUCGCCGCACAACCUCUCUUCUUCCGGCAGCACAAUGAGUUUCUCCCUCAAUUCCCUACUACCCACAAACCCUAGACCUACCCCCAACUUCUUCACAACCAAAAUUCACAGAGCUCCAAUGGCGUUGAACGUUUCUCCCUAUCUCCGUUCCAUCCUCCAUCCUCGUCAAAUUCAAGAUUCGACUGCUUCUUCUAUAUCUAACAGAAUGGUUAGCUUCGGUCUACUUCCUCUUUAUCCUAAGUUCUUACUGAGACGAUCUCCAUUCUCAUGCUCAGCCGCCGAUGACAAAUCAAAUGAUUUAAACUAUGAAAUGGAGAAGGAGAAAGAUGGUAUUAAUGUAGGAAUUGAUUCACAACAAGCAUGGAAAGAAAUGCUAGAUGUUUUCAAGGGACAAGCUUUAAAAAUACAGAGCAAUUCACAAGAAGCAUAUGAAGUGUACACUAAGAAGGCUUUGAUUGUUUUGAAUGAAACAUCUGAGAAGAUGAAAAUUCAAGCAGAAAAUGCUAGACAGGAUUUAACUUUGAUUGCUGAGGAAAUCAGUAGAGAAGGUAAAGAAUAUCUGAUAACAUCAGCAGAAUCUUCACCUGAACCAGUUAAAGAAAUUGUGGAUACAUUUGCAACCUCAUCUACCGAUGUCAAAGAGUUAUCGAAUCUGCGUGACUUUUACCUUGGGAUACCAUAUGGUUUUCUUCUUUGCUUUGGCGGGUUCUUAUCGUUCAUGAUAACUGGGAGCGUUUCUGCCAUUAGGUUUGGUAUUAUCCUAGGAGGUGUUCUUUUAGCCUUGAGCAUCUCAAGCUUGAGAGAAUGGAGAACAAAAGGAGUACAAUCUCCUCUAGCCUUGAAGGGACAGGCAGUAAUAGCCACCUUAUUAUUUCUAAGGAAUUUACGCUUGUUAUUUGAGGGAGCUUCCUUAUUUAGUUGUUGCUCAGUCUUGCUAAGCGGUGCGAUGGCAGGAUUCUAUUUAUACAGGAUCAGAAUAGACCGAGGGCAAGCACAAGGAGCAAACUUGAAAUAUAAAAUGGAUGAAUGAUAAUAAUUAGUGAGAAUUUGUUCAUUUAUUCAUCGUUGUAAUAAUUGAAUUCAUGUUCUCCUUUUCAAUAAAAUAAAAUAAUUGAGAUUUAUGU